AUGUACAUCCUACCCUGGCUUCUCUCCUUGGCAGCAGUAUCAAGUGCUGCUCCUGCAAACUUCUUCGAUGAUGCCUAUGACUUCUCCGAAGAGCUUCUGGGAUACUAUGGCAAAGUUAGCCAAAAGAUCAACCAAAUAAGGCACACGUCGAGCUCUUCCGUGGAAUGCGAUACAUCCAAAAUAUCGCUUCCGUCUUAUGCAUCCAGCCUCCCAAGCCCGACUGGCCUCAAGCCCCUGUAUGUGGCUCUUGGAAGAGGAACACAGAACUAUACCUGUGCCGAUUCCACCACGAGCUCUGCCCCCGUAGCCAUUGGUGCGGUCGCAAACCUCUACAACGCCACUUGUAUUGCCGCCAACUACCCGGAGGUUCUGCAGAUGCUCCCCAGUGUUACCUAUACGAUUUCCCUACCAACGAAUGAGUAUGCGACCUUCCCACCUGCCAACAUUGAGUUGAUGGGUCACCACUUCUUCUACAACUCUACCACGCCGGAAUUCAACCUCGAUACCACCACCGAGAAACAAUAUGGUAUUGCAAUGACGAACAAGAUUGACUCAAUUGCGGCACCUUCCACUGCCACCAAGGGUGAAUAUGGUGCUGUCACUUGGCUCUACCUGAAGACUGUAUCUGGUACCGUCGGCGAUUACAAAGCCGUCUACCGAGUCGAUACUGCUGCAGGAUCUGCCCCUACUACGUGUGAGGGAAUGCAGUCUGCAUUUGAAAUUCAAUAUGCAGCACUUUAUUACUUCUUUGGCUAG